AUGUUUUCUGCCUCCGCGAUUCACAACCAUCCUCAGGGCGUUUAUCCUGAAGCACGAGCAACUCAUUUCGCUCCGACACCGCGAAACCUCAACAACCUUUUUAGAACAGCUGUUGAAGCAGAGGCUCCCCAUAACACCAUGGCAAGCACUCAAAAGCACCGCCUUCCUCACGUCGUUACCCUACUCGCACAAGAAGACAACACGACUAAUACACAGGAAGGAGUCAGCAAAUAUGCUCUCAGCACAGAGUACGACUGUGACCCCAGAAAGCUCGCUUCGUACAAUGGCUCCUCCUGGCGCCUCCGGGAACCCUGGGAUGCAGCGGAAUACCAACUCACAAAGCUACCCUGCCACAACAACUCAAACAUCCACAAAGUCCAAGUCGGAGGCGUAACAUAUGCCGCUAAACUUUCUGACAAUCCCGAGGCUAUCAAGAGAGAGGUGCAAAACCAUAUGUUGGUCGUAAAGCAAAUGGAUCUCUCAUGGACACAAGCGACACGGAAAUUUUAUGACCAACACGAUGAUCCUGCGUUCGAAAUAAGCACAGGACCGAGACGCCGUGACAAGGGCAAAUUCAAUCGCCGUUGCGAUCGAUACCAAGGGCCUAGAUCGCCCUAUAUCCCAGAUUUCGUGUCCGAUGUUAUCUAUCAUGAUCAUGAAGGACAAGAUAUCGCAACAGCGGGAUACGUUACCAGCUUUAUUCCGCCUUUCCAACCAGCCACAGUCCGCGCUCUUGCCCGCACAUUUGUUGAUUCCAGUAUUCGAGAGUCAGUCAAAAAGGACCCGAACUUGUCAAACGUCAGGUUUCGAGUUCAUCUCGGCAUGAUGGCACCUCCAGACGAGCCCCUAAGCACAAGACUCCUCUCCCGCCCCGUGUAUCUCGACCAGCUCAAGCACGAGACAGAGCAACGCCUGGAAUUGUGGUGUGAGAAGAUGGGCGUAUCUCUUGCAAUACUCCACUGGAGGUGCAACUUAGAUGCAGCUGGGGUCAAGUUCUAUCUUGCACCCGAUAAGAAAGGUCAUACGCGGCUGUGGAUGACCGACUUUGGCGACUGCAAGCCUCUGCAGCCAGGCCAAGACGAAACAAAGGCCAUGGCCGAAGCUGUGUAUAACAAUACAGUAUGGCCGCGACCUCCGUUGCCGCGAGACAAAGCCGAUGGGGAAAAGUGGGAGCUGAAGAUGUGUUCUUACGAGAGCUUCAUCCGAGCGUACGCUCUCGCGAGCGAGAAUAUCUUGUCACGGGACUCGCCGGAAUACAUCGAUCGCUACCCGUCCCUUAUCUCCCGCGAGAUACUUGUGAUGAACUUAGGCUUGAGUUUUCUUGGGAACCGGGUCCAAGAUAGACGAGAUGAACUGAAAAAGUUAAGUCUUAAGUACUGGAAGGAGGCGACCGGAAAUCGGGUAUCUGGUGUGUUAGAUGUUAGCAGGCGCAGGAUUCCUUCGCAUUGCAGCUCGAACUAGUUCGUGUCUGGUGCUGUUUGGGUG